GUUGGGUCCUGAUCACUAUAUAAAGCAUUAUUAAGAUAUGAUUUUAGUUUAUUGCAAGAGUGAAUAGUCGGUGCAUUGUGAAGCAAUCCGAGGCUAGUAUACAGCCAGAGUAAGAUCUAAUCUAAACUUCACGAUCACAAUUCACGAUGAUCGCACCGUUAGCUGUAGUGAUGUUUGUAGUAAUUUAUUUGCUACACGUUGGAGCAGGCCAUUCGAACGACUUUGAUGUACUACAAAAUCGGAGUUCAAGGAACGACUUAUGGUUUUAUUCGGCUGUCAAAUCAUGUGUACCCUUACGACCAAGAGUUGUCUGAAAUUGUGCUGGGUAGUAAUAACAACACGAGAUCGAGCGCUCGGACACAGUACAGGAAUUCGGCAAAUGAAUACAAAAAUACCGAUUUGGCUAGGGUGAUGUCACCGAAUCUUUUGUCCCCGUUUCAUCCAGUCAUGCUGAAGCUCAAGGUGUGGGUCAACGGCAAGAAGGAAGUGUUUCACGAUGGAGAACACUAUCCUUUCUUAAGCUACGUAGACACUACAAAGGUAGUCCCCCUAUAUAUGGCAUUUACGAAAGUUAUAGAUGAUUUGGUUUUCUUCUACGAUUGCCCAAUGUAAAGUGAUUGUUGAGUAGCUUCAUAGUGUGAUCAUGGGAUAUAGUAUUCUUAUGGGUUUUAUACUUCAUAAAAUAUAAAGAAAUAUUGCAUCUUA